CGUCCCUUAGCUAACAACACCGCUCAAGUCGAAAAUUGGCGGUUUUUACAUUUUAAUGCCAUUGGAUGAAGCUGCGCCUUGCGCGUCGAACCAUUGGUCUCAUGAAACGGAUUUCAGCCAAUCAAAAGCCGUUAUUCAAAAAAUAGUGACAGCGCUCAAGUCAGUUGGCGUCGCAACACCGCCCAAGUCGUUAGUCUGUCAUACUUUUCUCGCGAAAAUAUUUCGCGCUCCGUGAUUAUUCAAUUUAUAUGUGAAUUUUAUAGCUGAAACGUCUAUGCAAGAAGUUUAAAUAGAAGAUUAAGAGGUAAGCUAUAGAAUAAAGUAAUGUUUAUUAAUUUACGCGUAUUAAUUUAGAAAUAAAUGAUAAAAUAAUAUCUUUACUUACUUAGGCGGUGUUUACUAAAUAUUUUUUCUUAACUUAGGCGGUGUUUCAAAAUGUAUUUUAUUUCUUUUAGGAUACUCAAUAAUUGUAAUACGCUAUGGAUGGAGAAGAAAUAGAUUCCUGGAGUGAUCUUAGUUCAGGUGAUGAAUGGUUAUUUGGCCAAUUACAAGAAUCAGGACUGAUGUCAAGGCAUAUUAAACGGAGUAAACAAAGUAGCAAAGAAGAUAAAAAAAAAAUUAAACUAGAUUUGAAUAAAAAAAAUAACAUUAAUUCUUCUGACACUAAAGCAUGCAAUUCUACUAAUAAAUAUGAAACUAUUGCAACACCAAUAAAUGAUCAAAGCUUCGGGGAGUCUAUAAAAAGUAUUACAAGUAGCCAGGAUAAUGUAAACACAAUAUUUGACCAGAACAUAGACUUGGAUAAUAUUGAAAACAUUGACAUUCACAAUCUACAAGUUGUAGAAAAAGUUGGUAAUGACUUCUUUGAUCUGCAACAUAUACCACCCGAAUUUGCUACAGUGACCAUCGAGUAUCCUCAGCCUUCUGCAUUGAAUGUAGCCAAUAUCUCGGUAGAAUGUGAGAACGUUAUACAAGAACUAGGAAAUAUUGACAUUGAAGCUUUAACUACGAAUACUCAAGACCCAGUUUCGGAUAGAGUAAUUAACACAGAUGAAAAUAAAACAAUCCAAAACAAUAUACAGCAAUCCAGCGACUCUGCUACUCCAUCAUGUUCUUCAAAAGUGGUCAUACUCAGUAAUGUUGCUUAUCACGGUGAUUUGUUAAGCCAUAAAAAACGACAGAACAAGGCGACAAAAGAUCCAAAUAAAUAUAAACGCAAUAUAAAUAAAGAAUUACGGAUGAAGGGUGAAAAUUAUUUAGGUUACAGAAGAGACAGAAAAGCAAAGAUUAAUGAAACAUUUAAAGUGAAACAAGACGUAUUUAAGCCUGCAAGAUCCAUAAAACCACCAUGCACUUCUGCGUUUUGCAAGAAAUCCAAACUCAGGUCAUGUGACAACAUAAACGAGCAACAGCGUAAAUAUUUAUUUGAAAAUUUCUGGAAGAACAUGAACUGGGAGCAGCGAAGAUCAUUUAUAACUUCUCACGUUAAUAAAGUACCGAAGAAAGUUACAAAAAAUCCAGAAUCAUCCAAGAGAACUGAUAGUCGAACUUACGUUUUGACGAUUGAUAAUGUUCGUCACCAAGUGCUUAGUAGACCAUCUAGAGAAGGUUUUGAGUAUAAAAUUAUUGCCUGUGGUUUUAUAUUCCGAUGGUUGUUUCUGCGUCGCAUUCUCGGAAUUUACUGGCCUGAGACCAUCUCCAACGUAGAGCUUUUGGAGAAAUGCCACAAAAGCCCAAUCGACUGCCAGAUCAAGCGCCGCAAGUGGGGAUGGAUAGGGCACACGCUCCGAAGGGAUCCUGACCACAUACCCAAGCAAGCCUUGAAUUGGAAUCCCCAAGGGAAAAGAAAGCGUGGCCGUCCUCGGCAAACCUGGCGUCGCACCGUACUGGCAGAACGACGAGCAUAG